AUGGAGUUUGAAGUAAAUCGUGGAACACAUGAUGGGAAGAAGGAAAUUGAACUGAGACCUGAAUAUGUGCACGGGUACUGUGGAAGCAAAAAUAAUAUUCAGAAAUUUGCCAAUAAAAAAGUCAUGUAUCCGGUUCAUAAUUUGAUAGUGGUGUAUGAUCUGUUUGACAGAGUACAGUCUAUUUUUUCUGAACAUGUUAAUAAGGUGAUCCUGCUCAAGUGUAGAGAAAACACGAGAAGUGUGCUCAGCGCAGAAGAGACCAAAAGUAAUAUAAAAAUAUAUCUGUGGGAUAAGCAGAAUUUUAAAACAUUAGCCAUGAUAAAAAUAAAAAAAAUAAACUUUUUGGAUAUAGAUUAUUUAAACGAUGUACAAAUACUUGUCCUUUGUAAGUAUGCUGACAAAUUAAUAUUAUUCGUUUUUUUUGUGGAACGCUACAAUGAAAAGGGCGUGUCCUUGAAGGGGCAAAAAGCUUAUGUCAUAAAAUCUGUGCGCGAUUUUUACCAAGCCAAGGGGGAAAAUACAAGAAAAAAAGAAAAUGAAGCAGGAAAAUGCAAUGCAGAAAAUGAAGGAGGAAAAUGCAAUGCAGAAAAUGAAGGUGGCAAAUGCAAUGCAGAAAAAAAUGGCCAUGGCCUUGCAAUUCUUGAAAAGCGGAUCAUGGUAAAAUGGCCCAAAUGGGGUGAUAGUACCACCGGUCUGUUCAGAAAAAAGCGCGCAACAAAUAGAACACACAGAAUGUUCGACAUAAAAACAAAAUCUAACAUUCCUGAGAAGAUCUAUUUCAGGAAAAUAAAUGCAGCAAACACUGAAAACUUUGUGAAGGUAGAGGAACUAAAAAAAGGGACACUUUUAUGUUAUCAUAUUGUAUUUAUAAGACCAUUUGGAAAAAUGAAAAAAAGGUUCAAUGAAUUAUUGAAAAAUUUUAAAAUAUUUGUAGAAAUUAACUAUAAUGUGUGCAUAUACAAUCAAGAGUAUGUGUUUGUACAUGUGCUGAGAAAUAAUAUCCUUUACGAAAGGUUGAGAAAUAAUAGGAUAACGAGUUCAAAAUUUUUAAAUGAUGGCACUUUUUCUUGGGUGAAGGAAGGUCUUCCCUUUUUCUCCUUCCUUUCGAUAGACAUAUUUGUGAAUGGCUUACUUUUGCAUUAUCUUGCAAGGGAAGAAAAAAUAAGAAGCAAUAUAUCACUGGUAGAGGUCUCAUCAUGGGGUAAAGCCAAAGUAGAUGCAAUUACUGAUUGGAGCAAAAAUCUCUGUGAAACCAAUUUAAAUCAUGACGAGGUCCAGAAUGAUGUGCAAAGAUGCAUAAUUAGACAACUGAAAGACUUCUUCAACGAUGAAAUAAGUGUGAUCGAAGUUGUCAACUGUUUCUGUUCUGAAGAGAGAAAUGAUAUAGACACAUUUUUGAAUAUGUAUGAACGUGUUCAGGAGAAAAGGAAGAAGAAAGGACACCAUAAAAUCACCAAGAGUAAUGGUCAAAAAGGAAAUCACAAUUUCAUGAUUACAAAAAGGAAUAAUAGGAAGAAUAGAUAUUUGAGAAAAAAAACAUAUUUCUUUGUAGGAUCUAAAAGAGGAAUAAUCAUAAUCAUAGAUCUUUUAAGACCUCACAAAGUAAUACAUUUGGAGAAAAUCUGCACUUAUAGCAUUGUUUCUAUUUUUUCUUUUCAAAGCAGUAUAUUAAUAUUAAGCAGUUCCGGAAUUUUAUAUUUUCUCAAAGUUCCCAAUUUUGUCCUACAUAAAGCGGUAGACAUUCUGAAUCUUGGGAGACGAGGUCCUGUGUCGACUAAGGCAGGAGGUACUUCUUUGUCGUCUGUCCUUUUAAAAAAUGAUUCCUUAUAUGCUUUUAGACAAAAUUCGGAAAGUAAAAAUAGCUUCUUUGUGAAGAAUAAAGUGUCUAUGUCUGAAUGGGAGAACAAAGUGAGGAGCGAUACCACCAUGGCAUGUUUCUGUAAUGAUCAAAUGAGAAGACUCUUUCCUGGAUCAAUUUCAUCUUAUGUCGACAAAAAUAAAAACUGUUCAGAUGUGGAGAAAAAUAAAAACUGUUCAGAUGUGGAGAAAAAUAAAAACUGUGCACAUGUGGAGAAAAAUAAAAACUGUUCAGAUGUGGAGAAAAGACAUGUAACAGUAUGCGCUUCUUGCUUGUUAGAUAUUUACACUCUCGUACUAGGAACUUCAAAUGAUGAUAUGAUUUUUUACAAUUUGUUUUCCAAUGAGAUAUGUUAUAUUUACACAGGAAGGCACAAGAUUAACUGUUUUUUGCUUGAAAGGAAUCACAUCAUUUAUACUGUGCAGAACUGUAUAUACAAAUUGAGCAUAAUUAAUUAUAAUAUUCCUGUUAAGAUAUUGACUCUAGGUAAGAUUCGCAUUUCUUCUUUUUUAUUUUACUCUAGUGAUGUACUAAUAUGUGGAACGUUGAAGGGUUGUUUGUAUUUUUUCAGCAUUUCAAACGAAAGUGCAAAAGUGAUUAAUAAGGUUGAGAGGAAGGAUUUUAUGCACAUAGGUUUAAAACGGUUAGAUGGGAUGGGUUCAUACCAGGAAAGAGAAAAUAAACAAAAAGGGAUAGUAGGGAAAUAUGAACAUAAUAAUGAAGUUAUAUGUUUAUUAUACAAAAAAGUGUACAACAAUAAUGCAUCUAUCAGAAAAUGGUACAAUUUGAGGGAAGAUGAACCAUCGAAUCAGGAAGAUAAGAUUGUGUGUCUAAUUUUAAAUAAGUCUAAGAAUAUUUUGUUAUGUGCAUGUGAAAAAUGCCUAUUUUUAUUUAGAAUACAAGUAGGAGGUAACGAAAAGAUCCAUUUGAAAUAUUUAAGGUCUCUUCAUUUUGCGAAUAUCAUUGUGGAUGUAAAUUUGAUAAAAAAUUAUGAUAAUUUGUUUUAUGUAUCGACGAGAGAUGUUAUUACGAAAAAAAGUGGUGUCAAUAAUUUCUACAACAUCUAUCAUUUGUGCUCGUUUAACUGUACCAAAAAUAGAAGAUACAAAAUGAACACUAUCUAUAAAAAGGUCUUGUUAGAGAAUAUAUGGCAUUAUCCAUUUCUUUACAAUCAUGAAGAACAACUUGAUUUAUUAAAAAAUAAAUUCGUAUGUCUUCUUAACCGAUCUGUCUUUGUAGUGUAUUCAUACAGCUACCCUGUUAGGAAGUCUUGCACAUGGUUUUGCACUUCAAUUUGCAGUUCGAUUUGCACUUCAAUUUGCACUAGACCUUAUACGUGUUCCUCGAAACGUGAUCUCAGAAAUUAUCGAAAAGGAGAUAAGAAAAAAAUUCAAUCUGGAAAAGCUAUCAACUUGGGGAAUUUAAAGUCAGAGGAAAAGAAUGAAGCGAGUGAAGAAGUUUCUCGCCUUUCAUGCAGAAAUGAUUACACGUAUGUUGACAAUUUUGUGAAAAGCGGGAAAGCGAAGCUCGAAUGUAACAAAUAUGUGAGCAGUACAUACUUGUCUGAGCAGAACGAAUCAAUUAUGACGAAAGAGGGAAGAAAAAAAAAAAAAAAAAAAAAAAAAAAAAAAGAUGAAUUGAAAGAAGUAGCAAAGGUAGAGGUCUCUUGUAAAUUGGCUCAUAAGAUAAAAGAGUCUAACACAAAGUCUCCGAUGCUGAUCGAGUCUAACACAAAGUCUCCCAUGCUGAUCGAGUCUAACACAAAGUCUCCCAUGCUGAUCGAGUCUAACACAAAGUCUCCCAUACUGAUCGAGUCCAAUACAGAAUCGCACACAAUGGACGCUUUUAAUAGGAAAAAAAGUUGGAACAUCCACCAGCACAGCAAGGUUUUGAAAUCAAAAGAUAAAAAAAAGGUAAAGAAAGAGUAUCCCCAAAUGUUGAACGAAGAUAAGGAUUCAAUGCAGGAAAAACAAACGGACAUUAUGGAGGGAAAAAAAAAGGACUACAAAAAGUACAAAUUGUUGAGUACCAUUUUGCAAAAAAGGGCCAACAGGGAAUUUGGGAGGAACUAUUUUUGUCACGAAUAG